AUGUACUGGGGUUAUUCGAAUAAAACCAAUAUAUUCGGUUCGACUGACUCUUCUCACAAAGUUGAAGCUGACUUAACUGCCGAAAGGACACCGAUCAAUGUUGUUGUUAAAUUGGUACCACAGAAACAUGGAAAUAAAGGGAGACUUCCUAUGUUUUGCAGGCCAGAAGGUGAUUCAGUCCUAUUAGAUACAGAUAAAUCAGAAUACUCAUCCUUUGAUAAGGUAUCCCAUUCUACAGAAACAAUAGAUGAGUUGCAUAAUUAUUUCCAAUCAGAUCUGAAUUGCGUUCAAAAUAUAUUGGAUGCCUAUAAUCUAACGUUAAUUACAUAUGGGCAAUCUUUCACAGGUAAAACUUCAACUUUAUUUGGGAAUAACGAAAAAGACACAACAGAGGAGAGCCUUAUUCAGAAAUUAUCUAAAGAACUAUUUGAAAAGAUUAAAACGAAAAGACAAGAGCAUGGUACUAAAACAGUUGUGAAUUUAAAAGUGUUUGAAAUUAAUAUGGAAAAAGUACAUGAUAUGUUGAUACCAGAUGGGAAGAAAAAGUCAUUGAAACUACAUCAUGAAGCAAACAAAGUAGAAUAUUCGGUCAAAGAUCUUUCAGGUCGUACUGUUACAUCGGCUCAAGAUAUUGCACUAGAAAUGAAUAAUGUUGCAAAGAGGCGAAAUGUGAGUACUAAACAAUCUAUACGUUCAAAAACGCACCUCUUUGUCAAAAUUACUGUAGAACAAAGAAAUGUCAUCGAUGAAACCUUGAAGACAGGAAGUCUUCUAUUAGUUGAUCUAUGUGGAUCAAAUCCCCUGAAUAAGGAUAUAGACAAAGAUAUUUCUUCAGAAGAAAUAAAAAAACUAAAUGCUGAGCUAAAAGCAUUGAAUCAUGUUAUAAAUACUAUCUCAGAUCACCAAAUCAAACACCCUGAUGAUAGACGGGAAUACUCUAUUCCUUAUAGAGAAUCUGCCUUGACAAAAUUGCUAUUGAAUGCAUUAACAGGGAAUUCAAUAACUACCUUCCUCAUAUGUUGUUCGACAGAUAAAGAAGAUGAGAUAGAUUCUAUCAAUUCAUUACGAAUUGGUUCGACGAUAAAGAAUCUAAAAACAUCUAUUCAUGCUAAUAUUGUUGGAUUAAAUCAGAAAAAGAAGAUGGAUUUGUUAUACGAAAAUACAAAGAAAAAAGAGGAUAACUAUUUAAAAAGAAUAAAACAAUUAGAAUAUGAACGUAAUGGUCUUCGUGAGAAUCAUAAAGGACCAGAUGGAAAUAUAUCCAACUCUGUAACAUUUCAAAAAUUACAGAAAUCCGAAGCAGAAAAUAAAGCGCUUGUGGAACAAUUAGAGUUAUUAAAGGGUCUUUUAAAUAGACCUUCGAAGGAGCCACUGAAUAACUCACCUCAACCAAACGGAAAUAUAAUGGAUAUUACAAAUUCUUUAAUUCAGAAAUCUAGUAGGGUCGCAGAAUUACAAGCAUCAAUUGAAGAAAUGAAUCACCUAAAUUAUAAUUUAAAAGAAAAGAUCAAAGAAAUGGGAGGAAGAGAUGUAAGCCUCGAACAAAUGAAUAAUAAACUUGUAUUACAAAUAAAAGAACAUGAGAUCUUAAUACAGAAAUUAUUAACAGCUAACGCUGCCAUGGAGAGUGAACUUGAUCACUUUAAAGAGAUCAAUAAAGUUAGAACAGAUAAAGUUAAGCUUCUCGAAGAUAGAAUUUCCAAAGUCAGUAUAAAUAAUAAUAAUAACAAUGCAUAUGAUAGUUCUGUGGAGACACCUAGACAAGGUUCUGUCAGUUCAUCUUCGGGACACACAAUAGUUCCUAUAGAUGAAAGAAAAGAAAUUGGUGCAUCACCAUGGGGCAUAAAAAAUGCCAUUAAUAAUGGCUGGGGUAAUAGACAAGCAUCUGUGGGCAGCAUUGGGAUAUCGACCUCUGAAGAAACAUUUGUUCCACGGCCUCUCAAAAAGGGUUUAAAACUAAACUCUGUCAGAAUAGUUUCAGGACCUGCUACAACUCCACACACUCCGAACAAUACGAGUUAA